UUGGAUAAAAUUUUGAGAGAUAUACCAGAAAAGCUCUGUUUUUUUUUUUAUAUAUAUACCAGGAAAGCUCUGUUUUAUUUUUUCUACGUUCUUGAUGAUUGAUUUGAAACUCAGAGUUAAUCAAAGAGAUCCCUUUUCGUCUCUCCAAUUCGGAUCCAAUUUCAGUUUGUGGAUAAUGCUUGCUGCUUAUGGGGAGAAUCUUGUUUCGAAACAACUCUUCUUGUACAUCAAAGCUCUCAAAUUAUGCAGCUGCCAAAACGUUGGGAAACAAGUUCUGUUGAUCCAUGGGAACUCUUUGACAAGUGGGCUUGGCUCCAAUCUCAAGUUUAACAACAGGUUGAUGGACUUGUACGCGAAACAAGGAGAUAUGAAACACGCACGUAAACUGUUCGACAGAAUUCCUAAAAGAGACGUGGUUUCUUGGACAGUAAUGAUCUCUGGAUUUUCUGAGUGUGGACGUCACGAGGACGCGUUGCUGUUGUUCAAACAGAUACGUCCGGAAGAAAGAGAUGUGGUUUCUUGGAAUGUAAUGAUCAAUGGAUACACCGCCGCUUCCACUGCAGAUACUUCGUUUCGUCUGUUUCAGUUGAUGCUCGCUGAAGGGAAGAAGCCAGACUGCUAUACCUUUGGGAGCCUCUUGAGAGCUUCUAUUGAAGCUAAGUGUCUUGAAAUGGUCAGUGAGUUACAUGGAUUUGCGAUCAAGCUUGGUUUCGGGAGAUCAAAAGCAGUGAUUAGGUCUCUGAUUGAUGCAUAUGGGAAGUGUGGUGGCCUUGACAAUGCUAGCAAAUUGCUUGAGGGCACAAUGAAAACAGACCUCAUCUCUUGCACUGCUUUAAUUACAGGUCUUGCACAGCAGAACGACUACACAAGUGGUGCUUUUGAUAUCUUCAAAGAGAUGAUCCUGAUGAAAACUCAGAUGGACGAGGUUGUAGUAUCCUCAAUGCUUAAAAUAUGCACCACCAUCGCAUCGAUAUCCAUUGGAAGACAGAUCCACAGUUUCGCCUUAAAAUCCUCCCAAAUCAGAUUCGAUGUUGCUUUGGGUAACUCGUUGGUAGAUAUGUACGCAAAGUCAGGGGAGAUUGAGGAUGCAGUCCUUGCUUUUGAAGAGAUGGAAGAGAAAGAUGUGAGAUCUUGGACCUCUUUGAUUGCAGGAUGUGGAAGACAUGGGAAUAUCGAGAAAGCAAUUGAUCUUUAUAACAGAAUGGAGCAUGAAGGGAUCAAACCUAAUGAUGUCACAUUUCUUGCUCUCCUCUCUGCUUGUAGCCAUACAGGAGAAACCGAACUUGGCUGGAAGAUUUUCAACACAAUGAUCAACAAGCACGGGAUCGAAGCUCGAGAAGAGCAUUUAUCUUGCAUCAUAGAUAUGCUUGCACGCGGUGGCAACUUGGAAGAAGCUUAUGAUCUGAUAAGAUGUAAAAAUGGUAUUACUAGCUCAUCCACAUGGGGAGCUUUUCUUGAUGCUUGCAGGCGCCAUGGGAACGUGCAACUCAGCGAAGUAGCAGCCACAAAGCUUCUGAGUAUGGAACCGAAGAAACCAGUCAAUUAUAUCAAUUUGGCAAGUGUAUAUGCAGCUACUGGAGCUUGGGACAAUGCUUUGAAGACUAGAAAGCUUAUGAGAGAGAGUUCUUGUAAUAAAGCUCCUGGAUACAGCCUUGUGUAUUGAACAGAAAACUAUAAGACAAAAGUCUCCAUAAAGGGUUUGAAGAUACAAUGUAGCACAAAUGUUUUAACACUACAGUGGAGUU